AACGAAUAUGCCAAACAGAUUCGGCUAUAUCGAGCGCAGGAGAAGCCUGGAAAGGCUCACGGCAAGGUCUUCGUUCGAGUGAUCGGCGUCAAGGGCCUUGACGUGCCCAUUCCUCAGCAGACGACAGCCAUGUCGUGCACUUUAAACAACGGCAUUCACUUUGUGACAACACCAGAGUGUCGGUUGUCCAAAGAUAGCAAGAUCGAACAGGAAUUCGAACUAAUCGAGCAUCAGAAGCUCGAAUUCACACUUACUCUGAAGAUCCGUCGAGACCCUCAUGUCGUCGCGCAGUUCAAGGCGAACGCGCCACGACCUGCCCCACCACCUCCACAAGCACCACCUCCGGCGUCAAAGGGAGGUAUGCGAAGCUUUUUCUCGACCCCGAAGAAGCCCACGAAGGUUGCCCCAAAACCAAUCGUUGCACCACCACCUCACAGACUAGAGGAGAAUCUUGCUCGCUACUUGAAAACAGACGGUCAACUCGCACGGGCCUUUGUCUGUUUCAAGGAUAUCGCAGAUCGAUGCGACACCAAACUUUUCGAGACGACAUAUCCGCUAAUUGGACAGCGGAUGGAAACGAGCUCGAAAGUGUCUUCAUUGCAAAUCGGAGAGUUAAUCUUGCAGUUCUUCAGGUUACCUCCCCUUCAUGGUAUACCAGCCAGCCAGCAACCACAGAGCUUGGAGGAGUGUCACCGUGGGCUACGUCAUAUUCACUGGCAUAAGCAAACAUACUUCGAGGGAACCUUGACACAGAACGGUGGUGAUUGUACGACCUGGCGGCGACGUCACUUCCGAGUCAUCGGUGCCAAUCUGGUCGCCUUCAACGAUGUUACCAAGAAGGCCACAGCAACGAUUGACCUUCGCAGGGCCAUCGCCGUUGAAGACAUCCAGGAGGGGCGGUCCCGUGCUCUCAGCCCAGCGUCGGUGCAGACUGCCCGUAGCCCGUUUACCGACGACUACGAUGACGUCUAUGGAGUCAAACGAUCCUUCCGUUUGUUCUUCAAGCGCGAUCAAGAGAUCGUAUUCUUUGCGGAUACGGACGAGGAAAAGAGUAGAUGGCUCGAAGUCCUCCAGGCGCUCGUCGGGCAUAUUCCCCCUAAUCCGCUUUGGGCUGAGCUUCUCUGGCAACACCGGCAGGAAGCAGCGAAAGAAGGUGUUGCACAUACGGCCACUGCCUCUGGUUCAAGAUCUGCUUCGCCUCCACGUCGGUGA